UGGGACAAUACCGUGCUGUGUGCGUGCGAUGCAGGAACAACAGGAAGUGACAACACAAAAGGAAGAUCCGGGAGCUGUGCUUUUUGGAAAUUUCAUCAAUUAUUACCAGUUCAACACACCCGAAGAGCGACUAUCUGUCUUCCCAUCACACCUGUGGAAUAACUGGAAGAGUCAAGAUGAGAAAAUUCUCAUUUUGGAUGUUGGAUGCAAUGCUGGAGAUUUCACGCAGCUCUUCUACAAAUUCAUCUCCAAAUAUUCUACGAGAGACAUUUACAUCCUUGGCAUUGACAUCGAUUCCUCAUUAAUCGAACGUGCUUCCGAAAACAAUGCUUUCGAGAAGAAUAUCACCUACCUGUGCUUGGACAUUAUGGAAGGGAACAAGGAGAAAUUGUCUGAUUACCUUGCAUUUCACAACAGAGAAAAUUUUGAUGUAACCCUUUGUCUCUCCAUUACUAUGUGGAUUCAUCUCAAUCACGGUGAUGAUGGACUUAAGUCAUUCCUGAAGCAACUUUCCUCUUUGACGGAUAUUUUAGUGACUGAACCACAGCCCUGGAAAUGCUAUCAAACAGCUGUGAGGAGGAUGACAAAAGCGAAAAGGAAAUUUCCACUUUUCAAGGAUCUCCAAUGGCGAACGGGAGUAGAUGCAACAAUUAACGAUUUCCUGGAGAUGGAAUGUCAAUCUAAGAAAGUCUUUGAGUCCACUGAAACAAAGUGGAAGAGAAGAAUUUAUUGCUACAGAUGCUAGACCUAAUUCCGCGAGGAUAUCUGGAGUGAGACAAUAAAAAUAAAUAU